AUCUUCUAAUACAAAUUACAAGCAUUUGAAAAAAAAAAUUAUAACAACGAAAAUAGUUCAGUUAUCAAAUAAAGAGAAGGAAAGAAUGCAAUCGGGAAAGAACGCAGUGGAGUCCGCCAAGGAAUCUGCUGCCAACGUGGCAGCCUCGGCCAAGUCCGGCAUGGAUAAAACCAAGGCCACCGUCCAAGAAAAGGUCGAGAGGAUGACGGCCCAUCACCCAUUGGAGAAAGAGAUAGCGACGGACAGGAAGGAGCAAAAGAUAGCCGAGGCAGAGCUAAACAAACAGCAGGCGCGGGAGCAAAACGCGGCGGCAAAAGAGGCUGCGAGGAUGGGCACCAACGUCGGCGGUCACACUGGGUACUCGGCCGUCGGUACCGGAACUACCGCUUACUCGGCAACCGGGGCGACGGGUCAGCCCACGGGGCACGUGACGGAAGGCACAGCUAAGACCCACCCAAUUGGGACCCACGCGGGUACGGGUACGGGUACGGGUCGGACCACGACCCAGGACCCAAGUGGAGGUGCUCCCGGAUACGGAACUGGUGGAUAUUAAAAGCAAGCAAAUAAAUACUGUGCGUGUGUAUUUUCAAAGGAUCCCGACUCCCAUUUUUUUUUUUUUUCCUGAUGGUUUUUUUUUAGUGAAGUCAGUGUAGUUUUAUGUAAGAACUAUAUCACGUGUAUGUGUGUUCUAGCUUUUUUUUUUAUUCGAAUAAAACGAAGUACCUUAUGGUGUAGAAUUGCUGC